UAGUGGAGUUUGUGGGAGAAGGGACAACUGGACCUGUAGCAAAGUCCUGGUACUCAGAUGGCCAAUCGUGGUGGCCUCCAUUCAAAGACUUGGACCGUUUGCUGAAGAGUGUCAGGAUGAUGGAGGCACCACAGCCAGAUAAAGGGUGGACCAAACAUCAGGCCAGAAUUCUGCACGAGUCAGCAUCUUUUGACAAUAUUUCCAAAAAAUGGAAAAAGGCAUGCUACACUUCUGACAUUUCCGAAUCUGAGAUUCCUGGAAAAAGAAUUCACAAGUAAGUUGUCAAAGUUUUCUUUCAGUUGACAAACAGGGCAAUGUUAUUACCAAACUAAUCCCGCUUUGUAAAAUAAUGUAAUACCGUGACUUUGCUCUCAGAAGGAAAAUAUACUCAUCAGAUGAUGAGCCUCAUGAUACCCCCCACAAAAAGAAAAAAAUUAAUAGAGAAAAAGUUCCACCUGCACCAAAAGUUCCACCAGCACCAAAAGCUCCAGCACCCCCAAAACACUUAAAGACAAAAGGUAAAAAUACAUUGAAUCUAGUAAACAAAUGAAUCUGGUUAAAUGAUUGCUAGACGCAAGUGUGUAUAACUGCUGAGUUCUCUUUUUUUCCAGGUCCUGUUGUCCGAGCUUUGCUUACACCAAGUAGAGCAGGGAAAUCUUUCAGCAAUUGUGAGUUUAAAUUUAUAAAACUGAUAUUUCUGAUAGUUUUAAGCAUUUUGUGUCAUGCCCAAGGAUGCUCCUUACCCAAAGCAAAAUGAAUGUAAUGCACAGACUCUUGUGAAUUGUUGCUUUACAAAACUGUUUUGCUUUUUCAGAUUCACCCAAUUCUUUUGUCAUUUUAACAGUUUGGACAGAACUACAAUCAUUACAUUUAUAACUCAAGGUUUUACAUGCUAAACAUAAAGCAUAUCAAACAUUUGAUUGCUAAUUAGAGGCAACGACACUCUCAAGCUUUAGUAAGGCUUUGUGUAGUACAAAGAAAUGGUCUCAGGUUAUGCAUAUAACCAUGGUUCAGAGGAGCGGAACUCACACUGCGUCCGAAGACACUUUGGGGGAAUGCCAAAGUGUAUUUUGACAAUGCGAGUUCCCAUACGAAAGGGAAUUUGUUUUGAUGGAGGCAGACAUCACAUACCAAUUCUUUCAACAGCAUUUGCUAAUCACCACCAAAAGACCGUGGAAGAGCCACAGCAGGGCUAUUUUGAGACUCUCCCCAACUGUCAAGCUCCAGAUGUACCAGUGAGCUUCUCCAAGGCAGAUGAGCAAGAUGAACAUCAACCUAACAUUCAAGAGAACACAUUCUCUGUCCUGAGACCCUAUCAAGACCCAAGACCGUCUACACACCAAGGAAGAAUGCAGACUCCAGUUGUACCAGUGAGCUUCUCCCAGGCAGAUGUGCCCCAAGAUAAUUGGGGUGAACACACACCUAACAUUCAAGAUAAUGCAUUUUCUGUCCUGAUACCUUCAGGUUCCAAGCAAGGAAGAACACCACGCCACCAACGAGAUCCUUGGCAUGAACACUCACCUAACAUUCAAGAGAACACAUUCUCUCACCCGGGACCCUAUCAAGACCCAAGACAGUCUACACACCAAGGAAGAAUGCAGACUCCAGUUGUUCCAGUGAGCUUGUCUCAUGUAAAUGAGCAAGAGGAUGCUUGGUGUGAUAACCCAUCUAACGUUCAAGAGGACACAAUCUCUGAACUGAGACCCUCAAGUACCCACCAGGCAAGAACACAGAGUGCUUCUGGUGUGAGACGAUGGAGUUGCAUCACUGAACAAUGCACACCUGUUGAGAGGACAAUUCUGGAGACACUAAAUGAGCUGGACAUGAAGAUCAAUCACCUGACUUCAGUGGUCCAGUCACUUGUAGGGAACAGCCGUCUUAAUGCUCCAGUACUGGUGGUGGACAGUGAGGAUAAUGUCUUUCCUCUCACGUCCAUGGAGGAACUGGACAAUCUGGAAAGAAAAUUAAGUGAAAGAGGGAUGAUGCAAAAGAUGGUGAGCAGAUUGUCCAUCAGUGGAGGACACACUAUGAAAAAAACCAUAUGGAGAAUCUGCUCCAAAGUCUUUGGUCCUGUAGCCAAAGAACUAAACUGGUGCGGAAGGGGAGAAAAGAGGGGCAUCAGAAAAACUAAUUUAGGAGCACUCCUAAUAGGAGCAGCUAUGAAGAAUCCGGUGCUUCCGUCGCCAACCGAGGCAGAGGCUGAAAAGCACAUAAAAGAUUACCUCCGCUUGGCCCCAGGGAGAAUGUAAACUGAUUUGUUCCUUUUUUAAUUCUGUUUGUUUGUUUGUUUGUUUGUUUGUUCGUUCGUUUGUUUCAUAAUUUUAAAUAAUAUAAAUAAAUUAUUUUAAAGUUCUUUGCAUGUUAAUAAAAUAAUUCAAAUCAUUCUACAUCGUUUGUGUCUUUCAUUCUGAGUGGAAAAUACUUGGGUUUAGUUAUUAUAUAUGUAGUAGCUGUCGUUAUCAUCAAUAGCAGUAAACGUGAGGGAAUGUCUAAAAUGUCUAAUUAAAAACGACGUCUAUGCUACAUAAAUCAGAUGUCGCACAGAUGUAAGAUUCUAAUCGUUAACGUCUUUAAUACGUCCACUAGACGUCAUUCGAACGUCUGAAACGGACGUCUAUGCGACGUCUUCCAGAUGAGCAAACGCCCUAAAAAAUAC